AUGAAUGUCGGAUGCGAAAAGUGCGAUGCGACGGACAACGUCGAGUAUGCGGCAAUUGCCAACGACUGGGAUUCGACUGCUCCUUCCGCGACGGCGAGACUCGGGAUAGUUCUGCAGGCCCACGACGACUUCGCCGAUGUCGUGUUCGACAAGCCUGCGUCGCGUGUCAUGAGCUCAAAGUUCGGUGCUCGGGAAACGCGCCGGCUUGCCAUCGCUGCCGCGAGAAAGGGAUUGACUGUAUCAGAUCUUUUGACACCCGAGCGCGUAAAGCGCGCCUUGGAUGUCUAUUUCGAGCAUAUUCACAUCUUACCUGCGUGUUCCUUCUUACAUCAGGCUUCUUUACUGAAAUGGUACAAUAGUGGGCAAGCAGACAGCAGUCUCCUGCUAUCAAUUGUGGCUAUCACAUCCUGUCUCCCGGGCAUCGACCGCCAUGGAACAAACUAUGGGACACAAUGUGCACAACUUGCACAGCGCCUUAUUGUUCGCGAUCUCGGGCGACCGACUAUUCUCAAGGCACAGGCAUUAUUACUGAUGAUCCGAUAUCAUAUGUGGACUGGCGUCUUUACGGAGGCACUGAUGCUUAUGGGAACACUUACCCGGUUUGCUUUUGCUCUGCGGUUGAACUAUGAUAAUCCAAACAUUUGCUCUCUCGCGCAAGAGUCACGCCGUCGUCUCAUGUGGGGCAUCUAUAUCCUCGACACCAUGCUCGCAGGUGGCCUGCCUGAAUUCACCCUUUGCCCAUCCAAUGUCAUGCAUAUCCAUCUGCCUUCCCAGGAAUCAAACUUUGAACUUGAUAUUCCUGGUCCGAACACACUGCUAGAUGGCGCAACGGACGGGUCGACUGACCUUGGCCUCUUGGCUUACUACAUUCGCGUCAUGUCUCUUCGUGAUAGUAUCCUGCGAUACACAAAACAAGCUGCUUCGUCCACACAAGAUACUAUAACAAUUCCGAGCCGCAUUGGAGAACUGGAUUCUAGCCUGCAAGAAUUCUCCCUGCAGCUACCUGAUUCCAUCUCAUUUUCAGAGAAGAAUUUCCAUUUAAGAGCUUUUUCCAAGUCUUUUCCGCGGUACAUCAUGAUCCACAUCUGGUGGCACCAAUGCCAUUGCGAUCUCUACCGCUGUUUUCUUGCAAAUCUUCGAGAGUCGCUUCCCCAAAGAACACUAGAUCAACUUCCUUCGCAAUUUGUUCUAGAUUGCCAAGCCAAGGGAUUUCAACAUGCACGCGCAAUUGCCGAUAUCUGUUCCUUGGUCACAGGAAUCAAUUCUGGCACCGUCUUGCUAGAUAUGGAGACAGCCGAGUGUGCAUAUCAGGCAGGCAGGAUCCUAAUCCAUGCGACCCCAACAGAUACACAGGCAUUAGUUGCCCCAUUUAGCUUGGUGAUGCAGCAAGUCAACAGCUGUAUACUGUUUAUCAGGGGUCUCGCAGCUAUAUUCCCUACCGUUUCAACGAUUGCCAACGAUUUGAGUACACUGGUGCAACGCGGUAAUUCGGUCUCAACAUCGGACGAAGAGUUACCAGAACAUAGUGCUCAUGCUCGACCUGCAAUCGGAUCGAUGGCCAACCGUCGCCAAAUUAUCUCUAAACACAGCAUGUUGAACCGCUCUCAGUUGACGGACGAAAAUGCGUUAGAGGAUAUGCCUUUUGUGGGCGAACCCCCGGCGCGUUCAGGUUUCAUACCCAUGCCACAGGAGCCAGAUGAUGCCCUUAUUCCGAUGAAUACUGCAUUUGGUGAUCCUAAUUUACAGGACGGAGCAUGGUGGAACCAGACUAAUGCUUUUGAGGGGGCUUGGGAUGUGGCUGUCUUUCACCCAAUGUCUCAAUACCAAGAAAUGUGGCCGCCGUUGGAGCUUUUCACUGCACCAUCGGAUCUACCCUACAGCGGAGUCUGA